AUGAAGGUGACUGUUGUGACUGGGAAGCAGUCGGAGGUGGUGGAGCUCCCCCCUAAUGCAACACUGGCAGACCUCAAGAAGGUCUACCAGCCAAAGUUGGAUGUUAACCGCAAGUCCUUCAAGGUGGCGGGCAGCGGCGGCGGCGGUGCGGAGAAUGGGAAGCCGCAACUCGUUGUGCUGGUGGAUAAACGACCGCUGAAGGAGCAGGGCGUGAACGAAGGGGGAGAAGUCAUCUACAAGGACUUGGGGCCACAGGUGGGUUACCGCACUGUCUUCAUCGUGGAGUACGCGGGGCCGCUCGCCAUUUUGCUGGGCUACGCCCUGCGCCCGUCCUUUAUCUACGGCACCAACAUCACGAAGGGGUUUGGUUAUACACAAAAGGUAUUCAUCACUCUCUUUGCCGCCCACUUUGUCAAGCGUGAACUGGAGAGCGUUUUUGUGCACAAAUUCUCGCACGCAACGAUGCCACGCCGCAACAUUGUCCGGAACUGCGUGUAUUACUGGACCUUUGCCUUGUUUAUUGGCUACGUGCUGUGUCACCCGCAGUACACGGAGCCGUCAAAUCGCUGCCUGGUGAACGCCUCAGCGGCUGCCAUGAUUGUCUUUGAGCUGCUGAACUUUACCGUGCACAAGCAGCUGAGUGAGAUGCGCCGGUGUGACGGGGACACGACCCGCACCGUGCCAAAAGGUGUUUUAUUCUCCCUGGUCUCCUGCCCGAACUAUACGUUUGAAGUGCUUUCGUGGGUGUCGUUCUCCCUAGGCACGAGCCUGGUGUCCUCGUGGCUCUUCACCCUCGCCGGCUUUGUGCAGAUGGCGGAGUGGGCGGCGAAGAAGCACAAGAAUUACGUCAAGUCCGACCCGGGGGCGGCGAAGCGGAGGCGCAUGUUGCCGUUCCUUUUCUAA